AUUUUAGAAUUCAAGGUUAUGUGAGUAAGCCCCACCGAUGACGGAUAAAACUUCAGACACGAUGAAUAUUUCACACCCUCCAGCAGUUAAAGCUGGGAAAAUGAGAAUUGUAAAACAUGUUAAAACACAUGAUGCCACAGUUGAAGUCAGAUGUGAAGAGGAAUCCCCACACGAGCUUCUUACUAAGGAGGAAAUUGAAUGUCACGACAAGUGUAUCAAAGCUUAUCAUGAUAAGCCAAUGCCAACAGUUACUAAACCCCACAACGAUAAUACUAAACGUAUUAUUCAACAACCUUUGAAGUGAAAAAUUCUAUUUUCUUAAUGAAUCAAAUUUCUUUUUUUUGUAACCCUUAUUUCUUUAAUAUAAUCAUUUACCAAUUGUUUCA